AUGAUGAACCGCUUCCGCAAGAAUAAGAAGGUGAAGAAUACCUUGGGGGAUCUCGAGGGGGAGUCACCAGCAUUCAUCCUCAAGGGAUCCAAGAAGAGAGAUGUCCAGCAACCCAAACCCGAACCUGAUUUCGACCUCUCAGCCGCCCUCCCCUCCACAGAUGACUUCCGCACCAGUCUGCUCAUGCCGAAGCUGUCGGCUCGGUUUAGCAUGCUGAAGGAACAGGAUGACCCGCUCUCAUUACUCGGCAAGGCGAGUGACGACAGCGUGUUAUUCCCCAAACGCGCCUCACGAUUGAAUUUGUUUGGCCACAACCCUAAUAUGCUCGCGGAUAUCGAUGAAUGCUCCUCCAAUGAUGGGAGUCGGCCCUCCAUGGCUCUCGGCCGCACCGAUUCAUUCGCUUCUGGGGGAGAUGGAUAUGGCACAGAUGACGACCGAUCACAAGCUGGGAGUAUGAUGAGCAGAGGACGUCGCGCAGAAGGCAAUAAUUUGUUUGGCGGUCGCCAGAAGGUGUAUAAGAUCCCGGUUCGAGGCCCAGGGGGACCCAACGGCGCACCAGAGAGUGCUAGUCGGGGGAUGGGCAAGCCGGUGUAUGAACACGACAUGAACCUCUCGGCUUUCCAGCGAUUACGUCUUAAGGAAAAGGAAGAGAAGGCUGUGGAGGAGGCGCGCGAGGCUGCUGCUCGGGAAUCAGAAUACGCUCCUUCGACAGUCUCAUCCAACGACCGGACGACAUACUCAUCUAUUGCCUCCGGACCCCUAUCAAACGUCCAGUCAUUGACUCCAGCGACAUCGGUCGAUGAGUCGCCUUUAAGCGCAUCAUCCCUGCCCCCAGCGGGUGGAUAUCCAUUCCCUGAAACCGUUGCCGAGCCCAAUCGGUCCAAUUCCGCCAUGUCUAACCCGAAAACUGGCUCGAUUCGAACCCGUCGUCUCUAUGGCCAAGGAUUGACCCAGGCAGCCCAGAGCCAGCAGACCUCAACUCUGCACCGCCUAGAAAGCCUGAGCCGUCAGCGUGCAGGAACGCCUGACCUUCCUUCUUUGAAUCGCAACUACUCCCGGAGUGCAACCAACCUGCGUGAUCGCCUGCAGAAGCUUGCCAUCAACGAGCCCGCCUCCGCCUCUCCUACCAGCCCACCUUCGUCUGCGACAUCGCCCAAGCCCCGCAUUUCCGGAGAGUCUGCUCUGAAAGAGCGCAUCUCACCUAUAGCAGCAACUUUUGGAGCUGCCCCUCUGAGUCCUCCCUCCAGCGAGGCCGAGGAUGUUGCCGCCCUCCUGGCUGCUUCAAUUCACCCCGAAGACCACGGCAAGGCCACCGCCAUGGGUCUCUUCAACCGCCCUGCCACAGGCUUCGACGAGCAAGCAUUCUCCCGUCGGCAGCUUCAGAUGCACCAAGGACGAGAUACCCCCCCGCCGCGACGAUCAUCACCCCCGCGCCGGCCUCCGCCCGCAGAGCCUGCUAGCCAGCGCCCACGAGGAUUGUCCAAAUCCAGCUACCGCUCCAGAGCCGAGUCCGCCUCCUCUCACUACAGCAGCGAGGCGCACCGUGGCGUUGAUCACUCCCGCGCUUCCAGCAUCGAAGCUUCCCCUUACCGAGGUGGAGGGAAGACUUUCUAUGCUAAUUCCACUGCCAGCGAGUCGGGAGAUGAAGGCGAUGAUCGCCGCUCGCACGACCUCUCGUCGGCUACAUCUUUGGCCACAGAAUAUGGCCAGUCGAUCCAGCGUUCGAGCGUAGUAUCUAACGCCCCAUCAACCCAGACCAAGGAUCACCUCGAAACUCUUCCGGAAGUGAGAUACUCAGAUCUAGGUGACCUCAAGCCCAUCGAGGAGAAUGAUUCUUUCGAUGCCGCUUCCUCGCACGAGUGUGUCCCGCCUAGACCUGAUUCCCCCACGAUCCAGGCAGAUCCUGGUCUCGGUGGAAUGGGUGGAAUGGUUCGCUCUCACCUUCGUCAGCAAAGUGACCGAUCCUCCAUCUUCCCUCCUCCGUCGCCUCGUCUUCCUGAGCAUGAGCCCGAGGAGCCUGUGACAAAGGAUACCAUUCCUAUGGUAGAACAAUCCCGCGAAUAUGCUCGGCCGUCAUCAGCUACACGCCCCAGUACAUCAAGCUCACAUGCUCCCUCUGCUCACUCCGCAGAGGGAAUCGGUUCUCGCAAUAGUGAGGACUCUUCCGCCCCUGGUGUCGGCGGUGCGAAGACACCAUCGUGGAAAGAGGAAAUGGCGUCAUUCUCCCACCGCCGUGACGGAAGCACUGAGACCCAGAAGGAGCGCGAGGAAUUCGCCAUUGAACUGGCUGAACGACGCAGAAAGGUGCAGGAGAAGCUACGAAGUGUUGCCGAGAGCGAGAGCAGAUCCAGCAGCCCUACUCCUGGCCGCUCAACACCUGACUUCACUAGAACGGGAAACGCAUUUGCUAUGUUGAAGCAAAAGGCCAGCAAGCAGGCCAUGCCCAAGCCUGACCAGAAGAAGCUCUUUGGUUACAAUAACUCGUCCUCCCCUGCCCUUGCUUCAGAUGACUCGUGGCGCGAGGAGCGUCCUCCCUUCAGCUUUGGCCAGCACUCCAACUCUAGUUCUCCCCAGAUUGGAGAGCGUUCAUUCAGAUCCCGUAUGCCAACUCUCAGCCGCAACAACAGCCACGAGGAAUCACGCGAGUCCAGCCGCAGCCGUGGGCCAUCCCCACACGGUGCUUUCCGGUCUCAGAGAGACCGUUCGGGAUCGGAUGCAUCUGGCCGCUCCAAGAGCCGCACCAGAUACCGCGAGCGGGAUGAUCUCCAGACCGUGGAGGAGGGAUCGGUCAUUGCGCAUGACAACUUUGUUGUCCCCGAAGGCUUCGAGCCUCCUAUGCCCAUCUCUCUCCCUCCCUCGAACCGCCCAUCCGUUGAGAUGGCUGAGUCACCGAACGUUGACCGUGCUCCCUCUGCUGCCUCGGGUAGACUCCGUAGCACCAGUCGCUCCGGCACCCCGAGCUUCCAAUACGAGCGUCCGUUCCAGUUCCCCAACUCGAACACAUCCUCAAUCAUCGGCGCCUCGCCCCGGCCCUCGCCUGCUGCACCACCCUACUCUGCCAACGCAACUCCUCCCCUGAACGAGGUACCAGCCAACACCUCGUCCACAUCCCUCGCAUCCGCAGCCAACUCUGCCCACACAAUUCCCCAACGAGCCCCAGGACACGGAUUUCUCCUCAAGCGCCCGGUGAACAAGAAGCAGAUAUCAGAGCCGACCUUCGUCUCUUCAACAUCCAACGUCCCCCUCGUUGGCCUCCAGUCUCAAUCGGGCAGCGCUCCUCCUCUCCCCCCAAUGAACCCUCGCCGUCGCCGCGGCACAGCAACCCAGACAAUCUUGGGUGCAUUCAAGAGCGACAAGCACGACUCGUCGCGGGUUGCAUCGCCAGCUCCAAGCACUAUGGAGGAACAAAGCGUCUUCCCAGACGACGAACUCCGUCCCCGCUCCCGCAAUCGUCUCCGCAAGACUUCCAGCGAGAGUGGUAACCUGAACGCGCGGGCGCGCCAGGAAUCCCGGUCCGGCUCUCCACCUGCCGUCCCUCAAUAUCCUCCCCCUGCCGUCCCUGUUGAUGGUGGCAUGUUCUAA